UUGAAUUGCAUUAUUUCCCUUUCAUCCUCACAACAGCGUAAACAAAAAGAUCUUUUAUGUUGUGAAGGUGUUAAAACUUGCUUCACAAAGACGAAAAUCUUUUCUAAUUUAAAGAUGGUAUCUGAAGCGCAUGUUUUAAGUAUUCUUCGGAACUUGGAAAAAUACUGGACUUUAGAGCAAUAUCUUGAUUUUACUAUAAAUGCCAAAGAUGGAAGUAUCCAGUGUCAUCAAAUCCUUUUUUCCAGUUUAUGUAAACUUUCUCAAAAACCAGGAACAACAGCAACAUCCUUCAAAAAUUCUUUGAAUAAAGAAACAUGUCUCAAUAAUGUAGCGUAUUUUCUAUCAAUGCUCUAUAAACCUACAAUAAAACCUCAGGAUUUUAAUGAAACUUUUAUCUCAGCAGCAAAAAUGUUUGGGUUGCCAAUACCUCAUCUUUCAAAAGGCUCAAGAAAACAAAGUUGUUUACACGAAGAAUUUGUUAAACAGAGAAAUUUGACCUUUGGUAACACUUUAGCAAAUUCCAGAAUAAACGAGAGUUUAUCUGAUAUAUUUCUGCUCGUGCAAAAACAAAGAUUUUGCUGUCAUAAGGUUAUUUUAGCGACUUUCUCUGCAUAUUUUGACGCCAUGUUUUCUUCGGAGCUUAGCGAGUUACAUCAGGAGGAAGUCACAAUUCAUGAUGUAGAUAAAAAGACGUUCAGUAAGAUUCUCGACUUUAUGUAUACUGGUGAAAUUGCUGUUACAAUACAGAAUGUCCAGGAUUUGAUGUCUACCUCAUCUUACUUACAGAUUCCUUUACUUCAGGCUCAAUGUGAGCGUUUUAUGGUACGCCAUAUUGAAAUUGACAAUUGCAUUGACGUGGUUCAACUCGGCGACACAGUCGGGUCUGAUUAUCUAGUUUGUAAAGGGAUAAGCUUUGUGUGUCGCCAUUUUAGUUCUGUAUCAAAAAACAAAGAAUUCCUAACACUAACGAAAAGUAUGAUAAAUAGAAUUUUGCAAAAUGACCAGAUAAAUGCAGAGAAUGAAUAUGCGAUCUUAAAAUUUGUACUUUUAUGGAUUAAACAGCAGAAAGAUAAAGUCGAAAUUACUGAUCUUAUGAAAAAUGUUAGACUUUCAUUAGUUUUAGAAAGUGCAUUAGAAGAAACUUUGGAAAACCCUAUAGUCAAGAAAGACAAAAACUGUAUUCAGUAUAUCAAUGAUGUAAUACAAAACAAGAUAAGUAAAGAAGAACGUACCAGAACAUUUGAAACAGAAGAUGUCAUGGUUGUUAUGUGGUCCUCUAGUUAUAUACCAGGACUUCACUUAGCAUGCUUUAGUUUUGUAAACAACUAUUGGUACCAGUUGCCGGGGUUACCAACUCAUUCGGCCGGAGGUUCGUAUGGCGCAUGUUCCAACGACAGUGACAUUUAUAUAUGCGGAGGUAGUGGAAAUCCAACAGCUUUCCAUCGAUUCAAUUUUACUUCAAAUAAAUGGCAGAAAUUAGGUCCAAUUGAGUUUAAAUAUGGACGCGCAGAUCAUGCCAUGGUCAUUAAGAAUGAUGAUCUGUAUAUGCUGGGCGGAAGUCAGGAUAGAAUCGUGGUAUGGCCAUAUGUAGACAAAUACAAUAUAACGGAUAAGUCAUGGAAUCGAAUUGGUUCGCUCAGCAUUGCUGUAUCCAAUCCUUCAUGUGCAAUAUUUAAUGAAAGCAUUAUAGUAUUUGGAGGUAAUAAGUCUUUUGGUGAAUUUGUCUCUGCUAUUCAGAUGUACGAUUUAACAACCAACUCGUGCACCUCGUUUUCAAAGUUACCAAUAAUGUGCAGUUUUAGUGGACUAGUAAUGAAUGAAGAUGUAGCAUAUAUUGUUGGUCCAAAAGGAGAUGUGGUUUUAUAUGAACAUGGUAAAGAUCCGGUUGUUUUAGGUUCAGUGCACAAACAAACUAUGUUUGGAUUUGGUACAGCAUUUUAUAAUGGUAAAGUGUUUGUAAUAGGUGGAAGCUCGGAUCGCAUGGAGUCAACUGAAGCAAGGGCGUUUGAUGUCGUGUCUAAAACUUCUUCUAUGACUAAUAGGAACAUGAAAGUACCUGCUAAAAAGGAAUCAAACCAGUAUUUCAUGAUAAGCCACAACAUUCGCAAAUCUUUACUUAUACCGGAAAAUUUGUACAAAGAUUGACAUGACGGGCCGAAGAACAAUGAAGGCAAAUUACUUUCUUUUACAUGUGGAGCAGGACUUAUUAGCACCUGAUAUCAUCCCGUUUGUUUUGUUUAAUGUGUGUUGUUCAUUCUUUGAGAGUUAAAUUUUGUAUUUCGUAAACUCUGUGUCCUUUGCACUGUUUUACCAUGACGUUUGGCAGAGUGUUUUUGACUUGUACGCGUUUGGAUGUUCAUUUGGUAUCCCCCUUCGUUACUUUAAACCGGAAUAAUACAUAUAUAGAUGCGAAGAAUCGUUUUUUACGUAACUUAGCUCACAAAUUGUGAAAGUACGAAUUAUAG